ACUGAUGAUGCUCCACAGCGGAAGUGCUGGAAACCAGGAACCGCAGGAGCCACACCGCACUGAGCGGACAUGACCUGGAGGAGAACACCGGCAUCUGCAGCUAACUAACACAGCUAGCACCUCUGAGGGACACAUUAAGGGGGGAAACAUGGGAGGUUCUCAGAGUGUGGAGAUACCAGGUGGAGGAACUGAGGGGUACCACGUCCUCAGGGUAAGAGCAGCCGGACUGCAUCAUCCGUGUCCCCGUGUAGACUGCGGGGUGGAGCUGCAGAGACGCGAGCUAACCUCCUGGUUUACUGCUUCUCGUAGUUAAACUGAUAUGAAUUUGUAGUCAUUCUUUAUGGAAAGUAGUCUGAUAUAGCAAGUGUCGGACUGGCAUCGCUAUUUUUCAGCCAUGUACAAAUAGGCGCAAAGAUAGCGCGAGCGUUUAAUGAGCGCUCGUGCUGCAGUGGUGUUAGUAAAGUAGCGUAGUGGUGACACUGCACUGGUUUGGAUGUGAUAUUAUUGACCCGUGAGCCUCCUAACGUUUAAGUGCUCGUGCAGUAAAGUCAUAUAACAGCUAUUUUAAGUUUUAUAGAAGAACUGUUUGCUUUGCCGAUGUGUUAAAGUAUUCAAAACACGUGCAGUCGUUGCAAAGUAUCAGGAUAUGCUAAGUAGUUUAUGCCAGAAUAACCGGUGUGGUUACUGUUACGCGUAAUAAAGAAGAAGGGUGUGUACCUUUACUGAAAAGUGCAUCAAACAGUGAUAAGCUCACUUGUAAUGUUACUGUUCCUAUCUUGAAUGUGUAGCAAUCAAGACAACCCUGGGUGUGAAACUCACACAUUCCUCACAGGAAAGCUUCCUCAUCUGGUCCCAGGACACAGGAUAUAAAUCUUUCCAGACUCGUUUGCACUUUCAGGUUACCUAAAUGACCCGACCGGAGGUUGACUAAACCUCUGACUCUUCACGAUUGGUCGAUUCGGAGAACAGAGACAGAGUUUUUAUUACCUUUCAAACUGACUCCAUUGCUGACCAUCUAAAUAAACAUAAACGUCUCAACCCAGAUCUCCCAUUUGAGAUUUACCUUCUUAAAGUGUGUGAACAUACGGACCCCAGGAUAAGGGGGGACACUGACCUCCAGACCUCGGUCGUAAAACCCUGCUCAACCACACACUGAUAAAGACUACAUUCCUUUGGUGAAAGAAUACAUAUGACUGACCCUGACAAUUUAUGCAUUCAGCAAUGUACUAAUCUGUCUAAUCAUGAAAUUUGUGUUAAAAUGAAAUGUUUCCCGUUUUUCUAUGUGCUCCAGAAGCCAAGUUAUCACUCUGACAGAAUAAAUCCUUUAUUCUUUAGUUUCUUUAGACCAACAGCUUUUCAGACUGUUUCAUGAACUUUUAAGAGUUAAAUUUAUUGACUCUUGUACUAAUCUGUCUUUCAUGAUUAGACAGAUUAGUACAUUGCUGAAUGCAUAAGAUGUCAUUAUCAGUCAUUUGUAUUCUUUCACCAAAGGAAUGUACACUCACCGGCCACUUUAUUAGGUACACCUGUCCAACUGCUCGUUAACACUUAAUUUCUAAUCAGCCAAUCACAUGGCGGCAACUUAGUGCAUUUAGGCAUGUAGACAUGGUCAAGACAAUCUCCUGCAGUUCAAACCGAGCAUCAGUAUGGGGAAGAAAGGUGAUUUGAGUGACUUUGAACGUGGCAUGGUUGUUGGUGCCAGAAGGGCUGGUCUGAGUAUUUCAGAAACUGCUGAUCUACUGGGAUUUUCACGCACAACCAUCUCUAGGGUUUACAGAGAAUGGUCCGAAAAAGAAAAAAUAUCCAGUGAGCGGCAGUUCUGUGGGCGGAAAUGCCUUGUUGAUGCCAGAGGUCAGAGGAGAAUGGCCAGACUGGUUCGAGCUGAUAGAAAGGCAACAGUGACUCAAAUAACCACCCGUUACAACCAAGGUAGGCAGAAGAGCAUCUCUGAACGCACAGUACGUCGAACUUUGAGGCAGAUGGGCUGAUUCUGCUGCGACAUUCGGAUGGUAGGGUCAGAAUUUGGCGUCAACAACAUGAAAGCAUGGAUCCAUCCUGCCUUGUAUGAACGGUUCAGGCUGGUGGUGGUGGUGUCAUGGUGUGGGGAAUAUUUUCUUGGCACUCUUUGGGCCCCUUGGUACCAAUUAAGCAUCGUUGCAACGCCACAGCCUACCUGAGUAUUGUUGCUGACCAUGUCCAUCCCUUUAUGACCACAAUGUACCCAACUUCUGAUGGCUACUGUCAGCAGGAUAAUGCGCCAUGUCAUAAAGCUGGAAUCAUCUCAGACUGGUUUCUUGAACAUGACAAUGAGUUCACUGUACUCAAAUGGCCUCCACAGUCACCAGAUCUCAAUCCAAUAGAGCAUCUUUGGGAUGUGGUGGAACGGGAGAUUCGCAUCAUGGAUGUGCAGCCGACAAAUCUGCGGCAACUGUGUGAUGCCAUCAUGUCAAUAUGGACCAAGCUCUCUGAGGAAUGCUUCCAGCACCUUGUUGAAUCUAUGCCACGAAGAAUUGAGGCAGUUCUGAAGGCAAAAGGGGGUCCAACCCGUUACUAGCAUGGUGUACCUAAUAAAGUGGCCGGUGAGUGUAGUCUUUAUCAGUGUAUGGUCGAGCAGGGUUUUAAGACCGAGGUCUGGAGGUCAGUGUCCCCCCUUAUCCUGGGGUCCGUAUGUUCACACACUUUAAGAAGGUAAAUCUCAAAUGGGAGAUCUGGGUUGAGACGUUAAUGUUUAUUUAGAUGGUCAGCAAAUGGAGUCAGUUUGAAAGGUAAUAAAAACUCUGUCUCUGUUCUCCGAAUCGACCAAUCGUGAAGAGUCAGAGGUUUAGUCAACCUCAGGUUGGGUCACUUAGGUAACCUGAAAGUGCAAACAUGUCUGGAAAGAUUUAUAUCCUGUGUCCUGGGACCAGAUAAGGAAACUUUCCUGUGAGGAAUGUGUGAGUUUCACACCCAGGGUUGUCUUGAUUGCUACAGUCCCCCCUUCGUCACGGUGGUCCUGUCCAUGAAGCAUCGGGACGACGAGUAGACAACCAUGAAGCAGCAGCAGCAGCAGGUGUAUGCAAAUAGGACUGAUGCGUCUCAUCAUCACUAUGUUAAUCACUAGUACUGCUUUGAGAUAAAAUUAAGCAUGCAUUAAGCUAUCAAAUAAAAUCGUCUAGUUGUUAGACUUUUCUCAGUUAACUAUUGGUAGACUAAUGUGAAAGAAAAUCUCCUAAUUUUGAGAUUUAGAAAAGCACUAUUUAGUGUGAAUGCUAACUGGAUCUAAAGCUAUAGCUGUUUUUCAUGCUUGCUGGAGAAGUCUGAAAGUCCAAUUUCAGUUUCAAAAAUGGUUAAGACUUAGGUGGAAAAGAAAUGUCUGCUAAAGACAUAUUAACCAUCUGUGUAUGAGCAUAGUCAACCUGAAUCACAAACAUCAAAAGUUUACUGCACAGAGUUUCUCUUAAACUUUGUCUGUUAAACUUGGGGAUGAUGCUCUUAUCGGUUUGACUAAUUAUCUGCUGUUGAGUCUGACAUUUGUCAAUCUGAGUCUAAAUGACAGAAAUUUCAGGUUUUUAAUCUGUUCAUGGGAUAUUUGACAGUUGACAAGCUGACCAUAUUGACAGAGGAGAGACAAAUGCUAACAAAGAAAGCAGCAACUGGGAUUGCAGUCAUCAAUGUAUCACCACAGCAUUUGGAUAUCUUAUUGGAGUCAUUUAGCUUUGGCUGAGUGACUUCUGCUUUCGCAGGACUCACGCCUUCAUGACUCCAGAGUGUGUUAAUCUCAGUGGUUAGCUGAGUAGUCAUGUUUAUUCACCUUCAAAGUGGAUGAAACCGAUUGAGGUGGAUAAUAAGAUCGUCGUUUCUGAGAGUGUGAUUUACUCUGAUUCUGCCAGUCAUUCACCCCCCUUUGGCGGUGUUGAUGGUUUUUCCUUUGUCUGGGAUAAAACCCACCGUGACGGGAGUCUGAAUAACAACAGUUGGUCUCAAAGUUUACCUGGCAUUGGUCUGUGUCAGACCCGGGCCUUGGUGUGUAACUUUGACCUUUGUGAGUUUGUUGAGGUCGGAAAGGUUUUGGAGGCCUGGUUAACCACUCAUUUGGAGGCUUAUCGGAGCCUGAAAAUACACAGUCUGAAGCUUCGUUCAGCUCCAUGGGCAGUGAUUUUGUCUCCAUAGCCAAGAGAGUAACGGGCUCUGCUUUCUUAGCCAAAGUUUGUCGUUGUUUGGCAAAACCUUUUACAGCAAGUUCACGAAGCUGUCGGCUAGUCAAAGUGUUUGGACAAGCUAAGACGCCAAGGUGAUGACUGGUGGUAGGGUGGAGGUUCUGGACGAACAGCGUUUUGAAGUUCAAGUCCUCCUCCAUUUCUGGUUCAUUUCGGAAACCAAAGUAAGCUUCGCGUAAGCGGUUGUAAUACUGUUGGGGAGAUUCUGAUCUCCCUUGUUUAAUAGACAGAGCAGCAGAAAGGCCUGUCGGGGUCAAAUGAUCAGAAAACUUCGAUUAAUGCUUGGCAGAGCAAGUCAUAAUUAUUUCUGACAUGAUAAGGCUGUCGUUCAAGGAAACUGCUAACCUCUCGACUUGACGUUGCCUUAAUAAGGUAGAUUUUGUCAUCAAUGGUUGCACCUGGAAAUUUCCGCAGGUAAAAGUCAAUGUCUUUCAAGUAGGUGCAGGUGUCAGUAGCACCUUGGUGCUCAGGUUCAAAGCGUGCUAUGUUGCGAGCAAUUUUGUCAAGAUCCCUGUCUAAAGGGAGAUGGUAAGAAGCCAGCAUGAGGAGGAGAGUAGGACUCUUGGCUUAAGGAUGACCUCUCAGGGUCAAGCAGGGUCCUGUCAUGAUGCUGAGAGAGAUACUUAAGAGUUGGUUUGGAAGGAAGUGAUGGCGUUCUCUCAGGAGGCUGAUCACCUAUCAUUUCUUCAAGAAAAGUCUGCUCCAUGCGUUCUCUUUGGGCUCGACCUGACUGGAGGGAGCAUUGUAACUCUCUUUGGGCAUCUUCAAGCUCUUUGUCUGUCUUUUCUCGCUGUUCUUGACAAAGAAUUAACUGUCUUUGAGCUAUCUGGAGCUGGUGCUGUAAGGUAGAAGUUUGUUUCUCCUUACUUUCAAGAGCUUCAGCAUGCACUUUGACCAGUGCUUUCAAAGCUUUUACAUCUUCUGUUGCUUGCUCUAGCAGGGAUUCUGACUGUAUCAGAUCCUCUGUGGUCUUAGCAAGCUGCUUAUUGGCUUUGUCAAGUUCUUUCUCUCUUUGGUUAAGAGUUUCAUCAAGUCUUUCAAUCUUGUCUUUGAGAUCAAGAUUUCCUUCAUGACUUAUCAGUGAGGGGAGCUUUGACGCUUCACAUCUGGCACUGUGUUUUUCUAAAACACUUAGAGACUUCUGAGUCUCUACUAGCAUCUUUUUCAGAGUGCUGUUUUCUUCCUUUUGUGUCUUUAUCUUUGCUAAGGCGCAUUCCAAUAAAUAGUCUUUAUACUCAAGCUGAGAAGACAUCACAACAGACAUGCGUCUAGUGAGCUCUUUGUCACGAAGUGUCGUGGUUAAGGCUGUUUCCAGUAGGUCAGCCAUUGCAUCCUCCGGAUUGGAGGGUUUGGCCUUUUGAAUCUUAGUCAUGUACUGAGGUAUCAGCUGACUAGUCAAGUUUGCCAACACUGUGGUUAUGUCCCUCAGGGGGUCUCCCUGGCUGGACUCUUUCGUGUUAGGCAUGUUUGGUUUUGGUAAAGAGGUGCAGGUGGUUGGUUGAUGAGUUUGAGUUGACUUGAAAUGAAAGGAAGAAGCAAAGUAUCAAAUUAAGUGCUUGAUAAAGAGGAAGAGCCUAUCUGAGUAGAUAUCUAAUGGAGAGAAAAAUAACAAAGUUAAAUUCAUUUCAAUGAAAAUUGAAAUAAAACAAGUUUGUCUCCGUGUUGCAGAGAUCAGCAAAGCUUAAAUAAACUGCCUGAUGCAGUUGGAUGAAUUUGAAAAAUCAACGAAAUUGUCAAUUUAAGGAAUUAACUCUGAAGUUAAUUCACAAAUUGCAGUAAAUCCAAAGGUUCGAAUACCAAAUCUAUCUGGAAUGUUAAAAUAAAUUUCAAAUAUUAAUUAAUUUGUUCAUUAAUUAAUUCAUCUUAUGAGGAGGGUUAAUACAUUCAUGUAUUAUAGGGAACAGUAAAACUGCUCAAUGGUGUGAUAAGUAACAACAAGAUCAGGUGAUUGAUUCAAGGAGUUACUUCAUCAAUACAUUAUGGAGGCUCUUAUAACAAAGAUAAAAAUCAAAAAUCAUUGAUCAAUGAUUUAGAAUAAGCACAUCAAACUUUAUCAACCAAGUCAAUCACUUGAAUUAUGUCUGUAGAGUGUUACACACUGACUACAGGGAGGCAGUACAGCUGGCUGAUACUGCAGGCAGGUGAUAACAGUGUUAGCUCAAUACCAAAAGCAACCAUGUGGGGCAGUAUGGAGUUGGGAGAACUGCACAAGCUCAACACAAGUGGAGAAGAAGAAGGAAAGAGGAAACAGUCAUCCAACUAGCCUCUUGUGGUUUUCGUGGUGUUGGGAAGUCUGAAGGAAGGGGCCUUUAGGCUCUGCCUCCUUGAAGGGCCUUAUCUGCUUAAGGCCAAAUGGUCAGUCUCUCCACUGACAACAAAGGGUUAACAUUUCACAGCAGGCUGCCCUCAAACAUAGAACUUUACACAAUCUGCUCAGGCAGAUUAGUUCAAUAAAAUCAUUUACAGGAACAAGAAUCAAAGUGACAAAUCCCUCAACAGCAGAUUCAACUGCAGACUUUAAAAUCACAAAUGCGGCGAUUUUUGAACACAAAUUUUGUCUGAAUUCAAUCAAACAACAACCUCCCACUGUUACAGUGGUUUCCUGUGACAGGUAGCUAAUCUGUCAGGGGAAAGGAGGAAAUCUGAAUCCCAUAUAGUUACUAGAACCUCGUAGCAGACUACAGAGACUUCAGGGGCUUGAAACCACAGCUCGGAGCAUCGCGAACACUUGGUUCAGCCAAAGGCCUUAAAUACAAGCGUACGGCGACGCAACAAUCGUGCACUUAAAUAUUGGACAGUCUAGACAGAGCAGAGAGUCAGUCUCACUGCCACUCAGAACAACAUUUCACGCUGUCCAGCUCAAACACAGACUACAGGCAUGUAGUACAAAAGUGUGUGAAACACAGAGCAUAAAGGUUUUAUGCAUAGAUCAGGAAAACAUCAGAACUUAGUCAAGCAACUUCAGCAAGCAUAGCAUUGAUUGUGAUUAAGUCUAAAAUAGCCUGGAAAUAAGUUUCUCUCAUCAAUUUGGAAGGCUAAGUUUUAGGUUGUCUGUUAGUAUCCAGAAGUUUUGUUUGAAAUGCCUCACACGGGGCACCAAAAUAUAUGUAGCGAUUUGAAAUGGGCCUCACAAGGCCGCACCAAAAUAAUACUGUAGCGAUUGUAAUUUAUAAUAAAUGUCUGAAGAUUAAUAAUCUCAAAUUAUGACAUUUAUGCACUCGUUGAAAGGGGCACCACCCACCCUUAAUGGUGGGAAAAUAAAGAAAACAAAAGUUUAAUUCAGAAAUCAAACAUCAAGUCAGUUUUAAUUAAUCAGUCUCAUAUCUUAAGCCGAAAUUCUCAUUUCAGGGACUCCGCUUCUGGAAGAACACUAACAGACAUAAAACUUAGAAAAAUUAUGAUCUGUUUAUUACAGGAUAAAUGAUGGUACAACAUACAUGCAAUAAAUGAUGAUAAGAUAAUGAGGAUAAAAUAAUAGGUGAAUAAAUAAAGAUUCUGAGUCAGGCUAGGAGCACUAAAGUUAAUGAUAGUGAGUGAAUAUGCGCUAACAUAUUAACCUACACUAACUUUGAUGUCGAGAUAAACUCGGAUGUGGAUUUGGAGGAAUCUAAGAUCACCAGAAUAAGUGGAUAUCUGAGUUAUGAACGCAUGACACAGCACCAGCCCUCUUUGGAGCUCUGGAGGUUUGCAUACUUAAGUGAGACUGGUCCUUGGAGAAGAUGGAGCAGGUUCCGAAGGUCCGGGGCUACUGGCGGUUCGAGCGGUUCAGCUCAGAAGACGACUGAAGUCAGCCGAAGGAUGAGCCAGGAGUUGCAGCACUCGGGCCCGAAGCAAAGCCAGCGCCUGUGGAUCCUGUGGAUGCUCGUUUGGGUACUUCUUUGGUCUCACUCAAAAACUCAAAAGAGGAUGACCUGGGCCUGCUGGGUUGCGUUCAGAGGUGACUUUGAAUCACGCAGAUCACUCAGAUAAACGAGGCUCGAAGAGUAGAGAAAACUUUCAAAAAUGGCUUCGCGAAAUUAAAGAAAAAUCAAUCAAAGGCUUAAUCUUGAAUUGCUAUGCGCACAAAAAGUUGAAGUUUCAAAACUUGAACUAAGACGAUGUUAAAGAAAAAUCAUUUAUCCUGUAAUAAACAGAUCAUUAUUUUCCAAGUUCUUGCCUGUUAGUGUUCUUCCAGAAGUGGAGUCCCUGAAAUGAGAAUUUCGACUUAAGAUAUGAGACUGAUUAAUUAAAACUGACUUGAUGUUUGAUUUCUGAAUUAAACUUUUGUUUUCUUUAUUUUCCCACCAGUGAGGCUCAUUUCAAAUCGCUACAAAUGGUAUUAAUUAUGUGAAUUGUGCAGGUGAUUGUUCUGGUUGAAAAUGCCCAUGAAAAAUAUUGCCCAUAUAUACAAAUAAACUGUUUUGGUAUGGACCACAGACUGAAACCCUCUGAAUUUACAGUAAAAUAUUACACUUAUUUAACAGUAAAAAACAGUGAUUCAAGUUCAGAGAACCCCAGACUUAACAGAUUAGUAGUGGCAUCAAUGGUGAGUUUAUGAAGGAUGUACUGGACAACAGUGUUCAUGUAAAGCUCUUUUAUGUUCUAUUACACAGCACAAUCUCUAGCCUCACUUUAGGUUGUCAGUGUAGCCAAACUAUGCAGAUGUUAAAUGCAGAAUAAACAGAGUACUCACAGUUUGUACAGCAAAUGUUGACAUUUAAACUAUUACUUUACACCUAUUUCAGCUCUGUAAAAACUUGACCUAAAUCGUCAGUGCUUGUGAAGAGUACAAUUGUGAAGCUAAUUGUAAAAACUCUUGCCCCAUAUCAGACAUUUGCUGAAUACCUUUAUUGUGUUGAGGUAAUGAAUCAGCUGUGGCUCUGAUUUUUAUGAUGGGUAAUGAUUUGAUGCUUAUAACACUAAACUUUUGUGUAUAGGUUUAAAAUCAACUACUGGUCUCUUCACGUUGUCCCCAGUUUGCUGCUCAGGGUUCAAAUGAGUGAUAGUCAGUGUCCUUCCAUGCAUCCGGUUGACACAUCACUGCUUUGUGUUUUUCACUCUUCUGUAUGAACUCAAGAGAAAUGAGAGAAACUUCUGGAGAACAGCAGGUUCUAAACUUCUCAAUUAACCCUGGUAUCAAAAUCUUUCCUCAGACAAAGUUAUUCAGGUUGUUUUUUGCUCCGUUCUAAUAUGUAGUUUGUAGUUUAAAGUGAACCCUUUGACUGAGUCUACAUACUCAGGUGCUGAAAGUUCUUUUCUCAUGACUAGCUGACUAAAUAUUUGCAUAAAGGAGCAGGUGAACUGCUGUACACAAUGGAGCAUACAGAAGAUAAUGCCAACCCCUGAUUGUGAUGGUUACAGUUUACAGAGUUGCAACAGAAUUUAAAGUUUUCUUGUUCUUAUCCUCUUAGCUACACAUCAAAUAAAGGAUUUCUGUGGCAUAUUGGCCUCUUGUCUUAUCUUUAUAACGUUGUGAUUACAGGUGCAGGAGAAUUCCCCAGGUCACCGUGCAGGACUUGAGCCAUUCUUUGAUUUCAUCAUUUCCAUCAGUGACACUCGUCUGGUAAGUUUACUUGAAUGGCAACAUUAAACUUGCUGCAGCCACUGAACCUGCUCCAGUAGAUCUCAAACAUCAUAUGUUGUUAAUUAUGUUAAUGAUUUGAUCUUGCAUAGAACAAGGACAACGACACACUAAAAGAGCUGCUGAAGAUGAAUGUGGAGAGGCCUGUUCAAAUGCUGCUGUACAGCAGCAAGACCCUGGAAGUGAGAGAGACCACCGUCACACCCAGCAAUAUGUGGGGUGGGCAGGGACUCCUGGGAGUCAGCAUUCGUUUCUGCAGCUUUGAAGGAGCCAAUGAAAAUGUCUGGCAUGUCCUGGUGAGUGUUGACUCAGUGGGAGGAUUGGGACAUGGACACUGUUUAGAGAUCAUAUAUGAUUUUCAGUGGUGAAAGAAGUUUUCAUAUCAUUGUGAAAGUUUUUUUCUUUCUAAAUUACUACUUAGGAGUAGCAAAAUAUAAAUAAUAAUGAUGGAAGUUGGUGAGAGAUAGAGAAGUACAGUAAAUGAGACGUAACAAAGGCUGACAUAUUAAAGUUUACAUCUUCACAGUCUGCAUCACCUUGUAAGACUGAAAAAAACAUGUUUGGUUCCAGGAAGUGGAGCCAAACUCACCAGCAGCCCUGGCUGGUUUGAGGGCUCACACAGACUACAUCAUUGGAGCAGACAUGGUCAUGAGCGAGGUACCAUCUUUGUAGAUAAGUCCCUAAGUCUGCCUUACAGAUGGCAACAGGUCCACCUUCAGUUUGUCUCUGCUUUUCCGACAGAGUGAAGAUCUGUUCUCUAUCGUUGAGACCUAUGAGGGGAAAGAGCUGAAGCUUUAUGUUUACAACACAGACACAGACAACUGCAGAGAAGUGCUCAUCACUCCAAACUGUGACUGGGGUGGAGAGGGCAGGUACAGCAGCGUGGAAACCAUGAAAUCUUGAUAUGAUCUUGUUUGUUUUCAGUUUUGAAAAUGCCAGCCCUUAGAAAGAGUAUUUGAGUAUUCGCUGACCCACAAGUUUUGAUACAUGACUAAAGAUUUAUAAAAGUAAUCACAGAUAGCAAAGAUCAUCAAUAGAAGCUCGCUGUCUUUCUGUGUCUACUAAAAUGAUUGGUAGUUCAUCACAACUUUUGAACUGGGAUCACUAGUUAAUUGUUUUGUUUGUUUUUGCAUUUUUUUGCACUUAAGUUGUAUUUUCAUAAAAUGCAACGUUGUUAGGAUUGCUGCUUUAAAUGCAAUUACUGCCUUUUUCUUUCAUUCACAGUAGUACAUUAGAAUUAAGUUUGAAAAGUAGACAAACUUUUUUACUUAUUGGCCUUUGUCUAAAUGCAAAUAUCUUAAUACGUGUAAGUGGGGUUGCUGGUUUAGCUCACUUGGUACAGCAGGUGCUCCAUAUACAGAGGCUAUAAUCCUCUUCACUCAUCUUUCAGCCUUUACCUCUCACAGUGCUCCUCUAUCUGUGUGCUUUCAGUCUAGGAUGUGGGAUCGGUUAUGGCUACCUGCACAGGAUACCAACAGUGCCGUUUACGAAGGGAAAGAGAGUCAGUUUCCCCUCGAGGACCCCCAAUGAACCAGCUCCUCCAUCUAAAGAUGGUUUUACAGAGGUACACCACCAAUCACAAAAACACACUUCCACCUGCAUAAGGAAAAAAAAAAGUCUGUUUCAGGUUUCACUCAUGAAGUGAUUUUGCCCCCAGGUCCAUCUCUCUGCUGUUGUCCCAACUGUUCCAGUUGCUGUUUCUUCUUCUUCUCCUGAAUCGACUGGGUUAGAGCAGUCUCUCAGUGGAUUGUCUGUCAACUCUGACCUAACCUCGGUUGUUAGCAGUCUACAGACAGGUAAACUGUUAUUUCAAUAAAGCUGAAAAAUGUGUUAAAUUUUGUAUUUCCGUUUAGACUCAGAGAUGUGCUCAAACCAAAACACCUUGAAAAUAACUAAUCAAAUUUGUUUCAGGAGCUCCUCCUCUUCCACCGCUUUCACAAGCCCCCUCCUCACAUAGUGCUCCCCCAGCUGCUGCCCCAAUCCCAGGUUAGUAAUAGUUAGUUUUUACUGCUGGUCCUCUGAGAGACAAAAUUAUACAUUACCCUGUUAACCCAGCUUUGUCUAACUCAGGUUUAAUGCCCUUACCUGGAAGCCUUCCACCUCUUCCUGUCAUUCCAAAUCUUAAUUUCGUUUUGCCUGAGAUGAACCAUGUGCUACCACCUGGAGCAACUGGAUUACAACAUGCAGGUAUUGUUUUGAUUUCUAAAGUACUUAUGACUAUUCUUGAAAGAUCUGGUGUUACUUUUCCUGCUGCCAGAAGAUCAUUUUAGUUUUUUAUCGUGCAGCAUAUAAAAAAAUGUGUGCAAUUUGUGAAUAUUAAAUCAAAAUUAGGUGGUUUUCUUUCAAGCAUUGCUCAUUCGAAAUGUGUGGUUGUGAGAGUAGACACCUCUAGAUAGAGGGUUACAGUUUUUCUGUGAUUUGCUCUACAGGUGGUCCACCCCUCGCCCUGCAUGGUGGGGUACCUGGUUUAACUUUGCCCCCAUCAGACUACAUUCUUCCCCCCAUCACUGCAAAUGCUGCUCCUGCUGUUACAGAAGAUAUCACAUCUCUCUCCACCACGACCCACACGAGUAAUUCACUGACCAGUGUCCCCAUCUCAUCAUCAACAACCACCAGUGAAUCCAUAAAUAUCACAAUGACAGCAGACUCCUCUUAGCAGAGAGAUCACUAAGUUGCCAUCAACCUCUGAAGUCUUAACUCAGAAGAGCCAGUUUAUUAAGCUGCACGGCUACACUGACAUUUUUUCCGUAUGAUGUUGGCAUUUUAAAAGCUACUUUGCUGCUCUUUUCACACGCAGCAAACCAAAGUUUUCUCGUGAAUGUGUGACCAUGUGCUGCUUUCCUACAUCUUAGGUAAAGUUUAAUUCAGCAGACUUCAAACAUACACUAGGUUGAGACGUGUGCAGGGUUGUAGUUUACUUUUAAAGUGUAAGCUUGCAUCUUUUAUUUUAUCUGCUAAAGAGCCAUUGAAAAGUUCGAGUUGGAUUUGCUUUUUUGAACUACUGCUACAUUUCCUUCAACUGGGUGAGUGAAUGCCCUAAUUUUAUCCAUUAAAAGUGAGAGCCAGUUUGGGGCAAUCUGCAGAUUUUUCUAGGAGAAGAAAUGACCUGAUGUUGUUGUAGUUAUUGUUCAGAUGGAGGCUGUAUUUGUAUUAACACAUUUACUAAGAAAUACAUUAUAAUGCAGCUUGGUCUCUAAAUAUCAAAAGGAACAAAAAAAAGUACUGUGGCACCUCUACAGUAGCCUUUGAGUAGCUCUGUAAACUACUUGAGGUCAGGGGUCAAGACAGGUUGUGCCACUGGGUAUUGGCUUUUGAGGAAGCAGGUGUUCUUUGUGAAUCAUUGUAGGCAUUAAAACUAUUAUCAGGUUAUGGUUUUGUACAAAAAUAUUUGUAAAUUUCCUUGAUUAAACCACUGUAUUUUAUUUAUCUUAGCUUGUUUUGUUU